AUGGGCUUAAUGAGAGAACGUCAUUUGAGAGGGCAAACGCCAGGCAACCAAGAGUUAGAAUUGAUUCGUUCCUUUGGUACAGAAGAUAGACCAACAGAUCGGCCUAUAGCCCCUCGUGAUGAAGUCUUUGAAUACAUCAUUUUCCGUGGCAGUGACAUUAAAGAUCUAACUGUGUGUGAGCCACCCAAGCCACAGUGCUCUCUGCCACAGGACCCUGCUAUUGUUCAGUCUUCACUAGGGUCAUCUUCUACAUCUUCAUUCCAGUCUGUGGGGUCUUAUGGUCCUUUUGGUAGAAUGCCAGCCUACAGUCAGUUUAGUCCAAGUCCAUUAGUUGGCCAGCAGUUUGGUGCUGUUGGAGUGGCAGGAGGUUCUUUGACAUCUUUUGGAACAGAAACUUCAGCUAGUGCUAGCUUGUCCCAAAGCAAUGCAGUUGGUUCUGCCUUUACAGCAGAUGCAAGAUCUUUAAAAACACAGAUGUCUCAAGGUCGUUCAAGCCCUCAGAUAGACCAUUUGAGGAAGAGCCCAACCAUGGAACAGGCAGUACAGACUGCUUCAGCCCACUUAACUGCUCCAGCACCUGUUGGGAGGAGGAGUCCUGUACAAGCCAGACCACUGGCAUCUGCAAGUCAAAAAUCGCUAGAAAAUCAGGAGCACAGACGAGCUGAAGCACACAAGGUUUCAAGGUCAGAAAAUGAACAACUCAGAAAUGACAAGCGACAAAUGGUUCCAGGAGCCCCUUCAGCACGGAGAGGUCGUGGAGGUCACCGGGGUGGCAGAGGAAGAUUUGGUAUUAGGAGGGAUGGCCCAAUGAAGUUUGAGAAGGACUUUGACUUUGAAAGUGCAAAUGCACAGUUCAACAAGGAGGAGAUUGAUAGAGAAUUUCAUAAUAAACUUAAACUGAAAGAAGAUAAACUUGAGAAACCGGAGAAGCCUAUAAAUGGAGAAGAUAAAGGUGACUCAGGUGUUGAUACCCAAAACAGUGAAGGGAAUGCUGAUGAAGAGGAUCCCCUUGGCCCUAAUUGCUACUAUGACAAAACCAAAUCCUUCUUUGAUAACAUCUCCUGUGAUGACAACAGAGAACGAAGACCCACCUGGGCGGAAGAGAGAAGGCUAAAUGCAGAAACCUUUGGAAUACCGCUGCGUCCAAAUCGUGGCCGUGGAGGUUUUCGAGGUAGGGGAGGAAUGGGCUUCCGUGGCGGAAGAGGACGAGGAGGUGGAAGAGGUGGCUUCAAUACCCCCCGAGGAUUUCGUGGUGGAUUCAGAGGAGGACGUGGAGGCAGAGAGUUUGCUGACUUUGAAUAUCGGGAAGGACAAAGCAGAUGGAUGUCCCGGGCAACAAAUGAAAGACAACAAAGUUUCUGCAUAGUCUACAAGAAAGCUGGAACCAGAUGAACUGCUAGAUCUUCAUGAUUCAGAGAAUUAGUCUCAGUCUCUGCAAAGAAUGAAGUUAAUUUGCUGUAUACUUGUCACCAGCACUGGGAUUUAACUAUUUAACUUCAAAGGGGUGUAAUGCAGUUACUUUUUGAAAAAUGGCCAUCUUUGAGAACAAUGAGCAUUAAAUAUAUUUGAGACAGAAGGAUUAGUAAUUUCUUAUGUAUAGUUAAUUAUAAAGCAGUACUUCGAUGGAAUUUAAGUAUUUUUUCAUCACCGAAAGGAUUUUUCUUAUUACUAAAUUGUAUUUGAUAAUUGCUGCAAGUUGCAAGGACAAUUGUAUGCAGAAGGCCGUCGAUACUGUGAGUGUUUUUGAUCCACUGAAGGUUGUUUUUUGGAAAUCCUGUAAUAUCCCUUUUGAGAUAGUUGUACUUUGUCAACUAGGGUGCUGGACAGUAGAAAACUUGCUUUGUCAGUCGGAUAUGUACACACCGUAAAUACUGUUUCUUAGGCAAAGGAAACUUUUUUUAUAUAGUUGUAAAAUUCCAUUAUAUCCCAUUGCCAAAGAAACAUUACGAACUUUGUAUAGCUGUAUAAAAAGCAACUAAUUUUUUAAAGAAUAAACAUUUUUAAGUCGGCAAACAUACUGUGUUAUUGCAAAAGUUGAUAUGCUAAACCACACGGAGUCGUUUUUUUCCUUGGUAGCUUUUCAGGCUUUAAAUUUGCUUGAUUUUUAUAUCUGAACUAUAAUGAAGAUUUUGAAAAUGUUCUUCCAUUAUACAAAACUGGAUAUACCCUUAGUUUCUCUCUUGCAAGAACUUGAUUUUGUAGUUUCUGGCAUAUCACAGGAUUUGACCAAAUUUAAGAAAGUAUUUUUCAAAUAAGGGCAAAAAUAAAACUUUUUCAUAUGUCAAAAUUUGCAAUUUAGUUUUACUUAGUAGUAAAUAUUAACUUUUUUUAAAAGAAGAAACUGGAGCAGGCAUAGGAGUUAAGAUGCUCCUUCUGAAAUGCCUGGUACAAAAGUACUAUGUCUCCAUUUGUCAGUUCUUGAAAUGUUAACCUUGUUGUAAUACCUGUAGACAUAACCAAUUUGAAGAGAAUUCUUAGUGUUUGAAGUUGUUUGCAUUUUGAUAGACUAGCUUGGAGACGAGACAAUUCUGGUUCUUAGACCAGUGAACCCAGAAAGGCAGGGUAUGGAUUUUUUGCCAGUUCUAAAUUGCUAGUUACAACUUUUUGAUAUGUUUAAGUUAUAACUGAAACAGAAAUCUGGUCAUUCGUGUUUGUAUAUGUAUAUGAAGGCCACAGGAAUAAAGGGAUCCAAAGAUUAAAACUUCUAUCUAAUUUGCUGGGUUUUUUGUUAACUUUAUCCUCAAAAUGUUCAGUAGAGAUAAAGAUGUGGAAAACUGCACUGUUGGAAAAUUGGAAUAUUUAAGUGGUUGAUUAAAAACCUUAAUUUUAUAACUUUUUGUAUAGCACUAGAAGAAAGGAUUUCGUAAUUGGUUUCCUUAUUCAGGUCAAGUAUUUGGCAGCCGUAGAAGCUAGAUGAUAUUGUUUAGUAAUGUUUUUUGCAUGUUAACAACCAAUGCCUUUUUGGGGAUCCACAAAUCAUGAUACUGAACAACUUUUGAGGUUUUUGAACAUAAAAGCAAGUGCUGUACUAUUGCAAUAACUAUGUAUACUGUAUGAAGUGUCCCAGGCUUAUUUAAACAAGAUAAACUGUAAAUAAUACCAAUGAUACAUGCUGUGAAGGUAUGAGUUGAUGCAUCUUCCUCUGAGAGUUUGGGUUACAAAGUGGGGUGUCUUUUGUACCCCAGUAACUGGCAGUAUGGCAUACCUUCAGUGUAUCUUGCUACACAAAAGCAAGGUUUUUAUUUUAAGUCAGAAUAAACAGUUCAAUAAAAA